GCUUCCGCUUCCGGAGGUCGGCGCGUGCUGCUCCUUGAUCCGCUCGCGACUCCUGAGAGGUGUCCCCCCUCUUCCACCCUCCCUCCCCCCUCGGCCCGUGAGCUGCCGUGAGGGACGAUGAUGAUGAUGGCGGAGCUGGCGCAGGGACAGGCCUCGGCGCCUCAGGCCGGGACCAAAGGGGAAGGCUUCGCCGACGCCUUGCACCGGGCCCGACAGAUUGCAGCUAAAAUGGGAAGUGACCAGAUGUCCCAUUUGAACAACUCCUCGCCAGUUGUGGACCCCUCUCUCUAUGGGUAUGGAGGUCAGAAGCGGUCCUUGGAGGAAGGAGUUGGAAACCAGCUCGGUGCCAUGGUACAUCAAAGGGCUAUUGUGACAGAAGACUUCAAAGUGCCUGAUAAGAUGGUUGGAUUCAUUAUUGGCAGAGGAGGAGAACAGAUAACAAGAAUUCAGCUGGAAUCUGGCUGUAAGAUCCAGAUUGCAGCAGACAGUGGUGGCAUGAUGGACCGGCCAUGCACUCUCACUGGCAGCCCGGAGAACAUUGAGCAGGCAAAACGGCUGCUGGGCCAAAUUGUGGACCGGUGUCGGAGUAGCCCAGGCUUCCACAAUGAGAUGGAUGGCAGUAGUUCCAUUCAAGAGAUUCUCAUCCCUGCCAGCAAAGUAGGCCUGGUUAUUGGUAAAGGGGGAGACACUAUCAAGCAGCUCCAGGAGAGAACAGGGGUAAAAAUGAUCAUGAUCCAGGAUGGUCCGUUACCAACGGGUGCAGACAAGCCUCUGAGAAUCACUGGGGACCCCUACAAAGUGCAGCAAGCACGAGAGCUGGUCAUUGAGAUCAUCCGUGACAAAGACCAAGGAGAUUUCCGCUCUGGGAGGGGUGACUUUGGAUCCCGACUGGGAGGGAACAGCUUAGAUGUAGCAGUCCCAAGGUUUGCCGUGGGGAUAGUCAUCGGCAGGAACGGCGAGAUGAUCAAGAAGAUAGAGAACGAUGCUGGUGUUAGGAUCCAGUUUAAACCAGAUGAUGGUAUCAGCCCCGACAGAAUAGCUCAGGUGAUGGGCCAACCUGAAAGGUGCCAGCAUGCAGUCCACCUCAUCAAUGAGCUUGUCCACACAGCACAGCCUUCCUCUGUCCGGCCCCCUUUGGGGUUUCCUCUGGAUAGGCUGAGCCUGACCCCCCUGCAUAGCCCAGACCGUCUGUCCCUGUGGUUGGCUAGGGGGGACUCCCCAAAACAGGAACGCGAUGGCUUUGGUGGGUCCCUGGGUUCCAGAGGCAGGGGCAGAGGCCGUGGAGAAUGGAACAUGACAGCCCCUUGUGGGGUGCAGGAAGUAACAUACACAGUACCUGCUGACAAGUGUGGUCUAGUGAUUGGAAAAGGUGGGGAGACCAUUAAGAACAUUAACUCUCAGUCUGGGGCUCACGUAGAGCUGCAGAGAAACCCACCACCCAACACUGACCCAAAUGUCCGCAUCUUUUCCAUCCGGGGCACCCCCCAGCAGAUGGAGAUGGCUCGGCAACUGAUUGAAGAGAAAAUUGGGGGGUCUGGAAUUGGGGGAAGCAACAGCUUUGGCCUGAGCCCUUUCACCCAGGCUAGUCCUCACCAGAAUGGCCCUCAGACAUUUAUGACUGGGGGUUGGGGAGCGGCUUACCAGACAUGGCAGCCUCAGGGCCAGCAAGACCUCAGUCACGGUGCAUCGCAGGCUGGGCAGAUGGACUAUUCCAAAGCUUGGGAGCAGUAUUAUAAAAAGCUAGGUCAGCAGAGCCAAGCCCAGAGCACCGGCCCUGAUUACAGCAAGGCAUGGGAGGAGUACUACAAGAAGCAGAGUCAGGUUGCAGGCCCUGGAUCCCAGCAAAGCUCCACCCCUGACUAUAGCGCUGCUUGGGUGGAGUACUACAGGCAGCAGGGGGGAUACUUUGGGCAGGGUGCACAGCAGGGGCAGGCCCCGGGCCUUCAGGAACUUUAGAAUGGUUGUCUGGUAAUUGAAGAUUUUUUUUUUUUUUUUUUUUUUUUUUUUGGGAAAUAUCAGAGGAUUGAAAACAACCUUUUAUAACAGAGGUUUCUAGAUUUGCAACGCCUUGAAGACUUACCUUUUUUCUUCGAAACACUAGCUGUAGAAUGACUUAUUAAAUAAAGAAUAUUUCUAAAUCAGGAACAUUUAAUUGUUACUAAAUACUUGUGUACGUCAUUAUUUUGAAUGGACAAUAUCCGGGAUUCCUUUUGGACUUGAACUUUUUUCUAUUUUUCUUUCUAAUUCAGAUUAAAAUGCCAAAAAGUACCCCGGAGUUGUAACAUUUCAACAAAACGCAAUAUAUUCUAUUUUUUCUAGUUCUGUUGCAAUAAAAUCGUAAUUGUGGGCUUAGCAGUCUUGAGCAGAUUUCUUUGUCAUGAAAGAGCAGAUGUUUUAAGAAUGUGUAAAAUGUUUUCUUUUCUUUCUUUUACAUAAGGCAUUUUAAUUCAGCAAGAUGAAACUGUGAUAUUUCGUUACAGACAAUGUAUACUUUUGUUACAAAAUACCAGUUUGUGGUGUCAAAAUCUCAAUUUCUAAUUUAAUUCCUUUUGUGCUUUGUACUCUGUUAUUCAGUGUCAUUUUAUUGUACUCUGGUUUAAAUAAGGUGCAAUGUCUUAUUUCAUUUUUGAAACAAAGAUGGAUUCUCUAUUUUGCUGAAAGUUUAACUGUAGUUCUUAGAUUUAUUUUUUUAGGUCUUUGAAAAUGUAAAGGAUAAUUUUUUUUACUACAAUGAUCUGAUUAUGGGGAUGGGGGUAUUACAUAUUGAGUUUUUUCCUUCGCUAUCUUGUUGAAAUGUAUGUAUACUCCAAUACUUGACUAAAUACUUUAUUUAAAUAUAUAAUAUAUAAUUCAAGUUUUUUCAUUGUCGUUUUCUUAAGAAGAACUAUCCCUGUUUUUGUUUUCAUACUGAAAAAAUGUUGAGAUUGUGAAUGUGUAAUUUGAAAUUUGAUGUUGCAUCUUUCUGUGGACAAAAAGAUUAUUGGUUUUUAUGUAUGUAUCUUUGACCUUUCAAGACUGCUAAGCCCCUGAAAUUGUACCUGUGUAAUAAUUAGUUUUUUAUAUGUUAAGUAUUAAGAUCAAAGCUCAUAUUUGGUACCACCCAGGUUCCUCCAGCUCCCAAACCAGUACACACUGUUGACUUAAAUUUUCAAUGUUUAACUUUUUAAAUAUAUUUCUUUCUGUCAUGUGUGAUCUAAUAUAUGUAUGAUUGAUUUAGUUUGAAAAAUGAAUCUAGUAUUAACUGCAUUGCCUAAU